AUGGAGAUGUCGUGGAACCAGAACGCUGGCAACUACCCAAGAGAAGCAUCACCACGAGCUGUCGAAGGACAUGAUAACGAUAAUUGGCAAACACCAGGAAAUCCAAAGAACCGCCAGUCUAGCGGUGACCCCGAUCCCUGGGCUGGCGAUCAAUACCCUGGCCUUUCCGAACACCAAGAUGGCCAUGACGAUCAUGGGCACUUGGCCAAAUGCGUCACGACACGCAGACGCCGAGCCGCUCGCUCACCGUCGUCCGCAGAACCCGUAAGCGCAAUCUCACUUUCUCUCGAACGAUUUGCCAAAAUGAGCGCUCGCUUGCAUUGUGUAGAGGACGAGAAUUUCGAUGUUGACACCGUCGCAUGGCUCGUCAUGGGCCUUGGACCUGAUGAGUCUCGGAGACGGCUGUUCUACUUUUACGACCAUGCGGCAGUGGACGUAUGGUAUUGUUUGGGCGAUGUGGUUUCGCAGCCAGUACGCCAUUUGACUGAACUUGGUUCAUCCCAGGAGGCAUGUAUCUCACAUGGGCUAUCGUGCAAGCGAGUGAUGGUAGUCAAGGAUGAACUUGAUUUCCGACGUCUCCGUUUCGAGUCGGUCCAUCGCGAUGAGUGA